AACCUAUUUAUAUUCCACUCUUUAUUCUUCUUUCUGGUCCGCUCCCUUCUCUCUCUCUCAUCUCCCUUCUCGCCGUUCUCUUCCCUUCUGUACACAGACCCAACCCCUCACACCCAAACCUUUGGCCUUUCCUUCUCUAUCAAUCUCUUUCUUCAGCUUUUUCCCUGAGGUUUUAAUUUUCCGUUCGAAUUUUCCCGAUAGAAUUAAAGGAAAAGAAAUAAUUAGUCCAAUCGAAAGAGUUUUCCCGGAGGAGAGAACUGACGAAAUGGCGACAUCGUCGACCACCAGCACGGUCUAUAUCCACGUUAUUGAAGACGUCAUCACCAAAGUCCGCGAUGAGUUCAUCAACAACGGCGGGCCUGGCGAGAGUGUCCUCAAUGAACUCCAAGCAAUUUGGGAGAUGAAAAUGAUGCAAGCGGGUGUGAUAUCCGGUCCAAUAGAGAGGUCAUCUGCUUCUAAGCUGGCACCUGGCGGUCCUAUUACUCCAGUACACGACCUUAAUGUACCGUACGAGGGAACGGAGGAAUAUGAGACUCCUACUGCUGAGAUGCUCUUCCCUCCUACACCACUGCAAACUCCCAUUCAGACACCACUACCGGGAAGUGCUCAAACACCUUUACCAGGAAAUGUGCAGACACCUUUACCUGGAAGUGUGGACAACUCCUCUACUUACAACAUUCCUACUGGGUCUACUAGUGAGUAUCCCACCCCUGUAAGUGAUACUGGAGGCAGUACUGAGGCAAAAGCUGGGAGGCCUAGCCCUUACAUGCAACCUCCCUCUCCUUGGAUGAAUCAAAGGCCCCCUCUCGAUGUUAAUGUUGCAUAUGUUGAAGGGCGGGAUGAGGCAGACAGAGGAGCCUCUCAUCAACCCCUGACAAAGGAUUUCUUCAUGAUGUCUUCUGGAAAACGCAAGCGCGAAGAUUUUGGUACGAAAUAUAACAAUGGUGGAUUCAUACCCCAGCAGGAUGGAGCUGGGGAUACUCCCUCUCAGGCUUUACAGGCAAGCCAAGGGUAUGGUUCCCUUGGUAGACGUGACAUGAUCACCAAUGCCAAUAUAGAGAUCUUAUCGCCUGCAGCAAGGCAGGAUUUGAAGAUCCCUCAACUGGAUGGGCCCAUACCCGAUCCUUAUGAUGAUGUGCUGUCAACUCCCAAUAUGUACAAUUAUCAAGGAGUUGUCAAUGAAGAUUACAACAUUGCGAACACACCAGCUCCUAAUGACCUACAAGCAAGCACACCUGCUGUUGCCCCUCAAAAUGAUGCUGGAGAUGAUGAUGAUGAUGAGCCACUGAAUGAAGAUGAUGACGAUGAUGAUGAUCUGGAUGAUGUGGAGCAAGGAGAGGAUAUGAACACACAGCAUUUGGUUUUGGCCCAAUUUGACAAGGUUACUCGUACCAAGAGCAGGUGGAAAUGCACGCUCAAGGAUGGCAUCAUGCACAUAAACAAUAAGGACAUUCUCUUUAAUAAGGCAACAGGAGAAUUUGACUUCUGAUUUUGCUAGAGAAUUGUCUGUCAUCAAGUAGCACUUGCUUUAAAAGAGCAAAAUCUGUGGUGUUCCAUAAUUUUCUUUAAUCGUUGUUCGGGGAAGUGAGUAGAUGCUUGGUUUAAUGUCUUCUAAAGACUGGGUUGGAUGGGUGGCCUACUGUACAUAAAGGAAGAGCUUUUUCAGCCUUCAAAUGGAUGGCAACUCGAGGAGUCUCUUGAAGUUUACCAUUUCUCUAAUGAAAUUUGUAAUUUUAUUUAUGAUAUAUACUUGGAUAAAAUUUAGGAAUUACAAUAUAUUUUUUUCUCUCUUUUUAUGCCUAUUUGUCUCCAAUUUGAGCUGUGAAAACAACUUUGUGAUUCUGGUACUUUGUGUCAGUUGACUAGCGAAUUUUCUGUA